UGGCAAAACAAGCCGCCGCUACGUCCCGCGAGUACCAGCCGGGCGGGUAGCCCUGCACCCGCCAUCCCAUGCAUGGCCCGGGCGACACUCGACAUGAACACGGAGGGGCUCGGAACACGCGGCGGGGGCCACGUAGGGCAUGGACCACUCCCCUUCAGCGUCGAGUCACUGCUGGAGGCAGAGCGCGUACGGGGCUCCGACCCUGGGGAGCUAGGGGAGGAGAGGCCGCCGGGUGCCUCGAAGCCCGGAGCAUGGCCCCCACCGGUCACGCACACGUGCCCCCCACGUGCCCCCAGCCCCCCACCCUGCACCCUCCGCAAACACAAAAACAACCGCAAGCCACGGACGCCCUUCACCACUGCGCAGCUGCUGGCGCUUGAGCGCAAGUUUCACCAGAAGCAGUACUUGUCCAUUGCUGAGCGCGCCGAGUUCUCCAGCAGUUUGAGCCUCACUGAGACUCAAGUCAAGAUCUGGUUUCAGAACCGCCGAGCCAAGGCCAAGCGGCUGCAGGAGGCUGAGCUGGAGAAGCUGAAGCUGGCAGCCAAGCCACUACUGCCGGCGCUUGCCCUGCCGUUUCCGCUGGGCACCCAGCUGCACAGCUCCGCGGCCUCUUUCGGCGGCGGCGCGGUUCCUGGCGUCCUCGCUGGGCCGGUCGCGGCUUAUGGCAUGUACUACCUGUCUUAGCCCAUGGAACCAAGUUCUAGCCUCUGGGGUUCAGGCCUGCGCCACAGCUCCGCCCGCCGCUGAUGCUCCUGGUAAUUUCUGACCUUUAGGUAUCCCUUUCAUUUUUAGUUUUUCGUUUUUUACUGUUCAUACGAUGUUAUAUUUGAUGACUGGAACCUCUUUGCAGGCAUCUUACAAAUAUUUUAAACCUUCCUAAAAUCAUGUUCACACCAAUCUGUUUUCUGACAGUAAAGGGCUUCAUACAGUCCUUGAAAUGGAUAAAAGUAGAUCUUCCUACUUCGUACAAAGCAGCACCAAGGACUUUAGAGAGGCUCUUUUGGACUGGCAUAAUAAUUCCAUAAAAAGAAAUUAAAAUAAAAAUGUAGU